AUGCUUUGUGUACUGACACGGAAUCAGGCUACGUCUGCCGUUGUAAGCCAGGAUUUGUUGACUACUCACCGAAUGCACAAAGUUUCCCUGGGUCUUGUAUGUAAGGAGCUGGUGAAUGAGUGCUCAUCCCCACGUCUCAAUGACUGUGACCAGAAUGCCAUUUGUGUGGACACCGUCGAGGCGUACACCUGUAUCUGCCGACCUGGAUUCACCGAUAUGGACGAGUUCAGAAAUCCCGGACGACGCUGUCAUAAAGAGAAGACCAAUGACCGUUGUUCCGUUGGCAAGAAUGACUGUGACCGGAACGCUCGUUGCACACAAAUUGGUGACGACGACUACACCUGUGCAUGCCCUGUGGGCUUCAAUGACAAGUCGCCGUCGCUAUCUCGUCCAGGGCGGGUGUCGUCAAGGUUUCCUCGACAUCUCACCAAGCAUCGCUUCAAAGCCAGGAAGACUCUGCAAGCCCUUGCAAAACGAGUGUGCCCUGAAGACCGACGACUGCGCUCGGGACGGAGGAAUCUGCGAAGACACGCCGGACUCAUACAUGUGUCGUUGCGCCAUCAACUACCUCGACGUUUCUUUCGAUAG